AUGACGAUUCCUCGUGAAAUCCGCUGGGGAGUUCUAGCUACCGGUGCGAUUUCUGUCACCUUCACAAAAGACCUACUCUUGGAUCCUCAAAGUCGUGGGGUCGGCAGUUUCAAGCAUACUGUUGUCGCAGCUGCUUCUUCAACGUCUAAAACGCGCUGCGAAUCUUUUCUCAAGGAUGUAGGAGCCCCCUCAAAUGCAAAGGCUUAUGGAUCGUACGAGGAGCUUGCGCAGGACCCCAAUGUCGAAAUUGUAUAUGUUGCUACGCCUCAUUCGCACCACUACAACAAUGUUAUGCUUUGCUUGCGAAACGGCAAACAUGUUCUGUGCGAAAAAGCUUUCACGGUAAAUGCUAUGCAAGCACGCCUUUUGGUCGAGAAAGCAAAGGAGAAGGGGGAUGUCAUCAGCUCUGGAAGGCUGGGAAACAUCUAUAGAGUCUUCUCAGACUCUAGUGCUAGGUUAUCGCCCGAAACCUCAUUCGGCGAUGGCAAGCAUAGAAUGGUUAACGCCGAUCUGGCUGGCGGUGCGCUUUUGGAUCUCGGAGUCUACAGCCUAACCUGGCCAUUCUUGGUUUUCUGGCAAAGCCAGAGUCAGAAGACGACACCAAAAGUUUUCUCCACGAUGACAAAGUACAAGAGCAUUUCGGCAGAUGAAACCACUACGAUGAUCCUCACGUUUCCCCGAGAGGCCUCGGCAGGUGGCGACGCCCAUGCUAUCGCCACCACUUCAAUGCGUAUUGGAAAUGUUCCAAACGAUUCACAUUCUCCUCUACCCUGUGUACGCAUCCAAGGAGAGCGAGGCGAGCUGCAGCUUUUCUCCGAGCCACAAUGCCCUAAAUCCACGAGACUCGUCCUCUGCAGUGGAGAUAUUGAAGAAAAGAGAUGGAAGCAACCAGGACCCGGUAAAGGGAGUGGAUGGUACAAUGGGUUUUUGGACUUUAGGAACCCGGAAGGAGAGGGCCAGGGCAUGUUUUGGGAGGCGGACGAUGCAGCUCUAGCAAUCAUUGAGGGUAGAACCGAGGGGUCACACAUGGAUUUGAGCGAGACAAUAGCCGUCAUGGACGUGAUGGACGAGGUUCGCCGUCAAAAUGGUUUAGUAUAUCCUGGGAAGGUUGAGGCGACCGAUUAA